GGAGGGAAUUGCUUUCACCGAAGGAGGAGAAAAAGAAGACGAAGGGAGAAAAUUCGGCUUCGGGCUCAUCGUCGUCACUCGCUCUGGUUCAACGCCGUCAACAAACAUCAUCAACGGUCGCCCGUUGUGGGAUAUCCAACUCGCAUCACGCUGGUGCUGUCGCAGGUUCGACAUUUAAUUGGGUUCUUGUGUUGGACGAGAAGAGGAACAAUCAACCGCCAAGAUGGGGUUCGUCAACACUCUCAAGAAGCAGUUUACUGGUCCCAAAAUAAUAUUCCAUGUAUUGUUUUGGACCAUGCACUGGGGCUUCUUCGCCUUUGGCUGGCAUAAGCAGGAAAACGAUCCGAAACUGGCCGGUCUCAACACAUUACAAUACUCCGUCUGGAUAUCACGAGGUGCCGGUUUGGUUCUCUCGAUUGACGGCACCCUGAUCUUAUUACCAGUAUGCCGGACGAUUAUGAGAUGGAUUCGACCCAAGGUCAAGUUCUUGCCGCUGGACGAGAACAUAUGGUUUCAUCGACAAGUAGCUUAUGCCAUGUUGCUGUUUACCGUCAUUCACGCCGCGGGUCAUUACGUCAACUUCUUCAACGUCGAGAAAACGCAGAUUCGACCCGUCCUGGCCGUCCAGAUUCACUACGCCGAUGCCGGUGGUGUCACUGGGCACAUCAUGCUUCUGUGCAUGCUGCUUAUGUAUACAACUGCGCACCACCGUAUCAGACAGCAAUCGUUCGAGACGUUCUGGUACACCCAUCAUCUCUUUAUUCCAUUCCUGUUGGGUCUCUACACGCACACCACCGGAUGCUUCGUCCGUGACACGGCACUGCCGCUCUCGCCUUUCGCCGAUCAAUUUUGGGACCACUGUCUUGGUUACGAAGGUUGGCGAUGGGAGUUGUUCGCUGGCGGAUUCUACUUUAUCGAGCGACUCUACCGUGAGAUUCGUGCCAAGAGAACCACCAAGAUUACUCGAGUUGUCCGUCACCCAUACGAUGUCGUGGAAAUCCAGUUCAGCAAGCCGUCCUUCAGGUACAAGGCGGGACAGUGGCUCUUCCUGCAGGUCCCUUCCGUCUCCAACUACCAGUGGCAUCCUUUCACCAUCACGUCGUGCCCCUACGAUCCCUACGUGUCGGUGCACGUGCGUCAAGUCGGUGACUUCACGCGCGCUCUGGGUGAUGCUGUAGGUGCUGGUGCUGCUCAAUCCAAGUUGUACGACGGAGUUGACCCCAUGGGAAUGUAUGAGGUCGCUCUGCAGAACGGACAGCAGAUGCCACUACUUCGAAUCGACGGACCUUACGGUGCUCCCGCCGAGGAUGUCUUCGAUAACGAAAUCGCCGUACUGGUCGGUACCGGUAUUGGAGUCACGCCAUGGGCCGCCAUUCUGAAGAACAUCUGGCAUUUGCGCAACAGCCCCAACCCUCCAUCCCGACUUCGCCGUGUCGAGUUCAUCUGGGUGUGUAAAGAUACUGGCUCGUUCGAAUGGUUCCAGACUCUUCUCUCCUCUCUCGAGCAACAAAGUGCCGAGGCUGCCCGCGUUCCUGGCAGCGACGGCGUUGAGUUCUUGAAGAUCCACACCUACCUGACCCAGAAGCUAGACAUGGAUACCACCCAAAACAUUGUGCUCAACUCUGUCGGUGCAGACAUGGAUCCGCUCACUGAGCUUAAGGCUCGAACCAACUUUGGCCGACCUGAUUUCACCCGCAUGUUCGAGACUAUGCGUGACGGUAUUAUUGACCGGACAUACUUGAACGGAUUGGAGGGUAGCAUGCAGACCACGGUGGGUGUGUAUUUCUGUGGUCCUACCGCAGCUGCGCGUGACAUCAAGAAGGCAGCCGAUGCGGCCACCGUAAGAGAGGUCAAGUUCCGCUUCUGGAAGGAACAUUUCUAAAAGAAAAAGAAAGAACGAAAAAGCUUUGCAAAUUCACUUGUGCGAAACGUGGUACCAAUUCAUCCUACACUACACAGUGGGGAAGUCGGAGAGAGAGAGGCAGAAGAGAGGACGCCACAUGUCUCGAGAUGCAUUACAGCGGCCAUGUUUUGGCAUGUACUUCCAAUCCAGUUUCUCCAACAUAUAUGACCCAACUUUUAAUGGGCAACCAACCAGUGCGUGGGGGGGCCUUCAAGAGGCGGAUUCGAGCAAGAAUUGUUGUUCGGGGGUAGCAUUUCGGUGGAGUUGCAUACAAUCUUUGAUAUAGGACAACUUACCUACCUGGUCUUAAGAAGCAUUAUCCCAUUCCUGAGUACACAUGAAUUCUGACUAUAUGACUCUCUGAA